GAGGAACCCGCAAUAGGUGCAAACUUCUGAAGCUUCUGAAAUAUCCAACGAGCUAAUGCAAAAUCUGGCACGUAUUUUGGAAGAAGAGAAAAACAUCAUCAAAACAUGUCACGACACUUGAAUUUCAUCGCUGAAGAGAGGAAAGCCGCAGAGGAAAUGCAUAAGAAAUCGGUUGAACAGCUCAAUGAAGAACACAAAACCAAUAUGGCAAAAUUAGAAAUGCAAAUAAAAAAAAUAAAAAAGAAGGGAGAAAAAGAUGUUAGAGAAGUUAAGAAGCAACGUGCAAAUUUUGAAAAACAACGAGCAGAAUACCGUGUCGAGCAUCACGAAACUAUGGAGAAACUAAAGCAAAAAAAAAUCGAAGAAAUUGCUCAGCAGAAAAAAGAACAACAAAUAUUGAAAAUGGAAGAAAUGAAGGCAAAAAGUGAACGAAAUGUGAUGGAACACCAAAUUCGAAUGACAAAUAUGAAUUAUGCUCAAAACAUGCUAUCAAACAUAGAAAGCGGACAAGCGAGUUUGGCCGUCAUUAAACAUAUGGAAAGUUGCAUUAAAUCCGUCAAUGUGAUCUCAGAUCUUUUGAAAGAUCUGAAAAUUUUGUGUGAGGACAAAUACAACUACGACUACUCUCCUACUGAUAUGAAAAUAAUCAAGUACAUGUCGGAUAAAAUAGAAAAGAAGAUAUCGAAGUUUGAAUUUCAAAAGCAACAGCUUGAAAGUAGUAUCUCUCAGGAAAGUGAUGCAGAUCCCCAAGUGGUUGACGACUGUUCGGAAAUGUCAAAUAAAAUUGAUCAAUGCAUGGAGUGGAGUGACUUUCAUUCAGUUUGUACAACGUUGCCCCGUCUUGCUGCACAACAGGAUCAUGCUCGUAUUAGUGAAAUUAUGAACAUUAUCGACAGUUUGAUUGAUAACUUUAGUGAUAUUUAUGAAGAAGUUCAGCACAAAUUGAUUCAUUGGCAACGACGUGGAACAUUUUUCUGGAAGGCUGACUGAGAACUACAUGAAUAGGAAUCUUUGCUUUGCAGCUAUUUUCAACAAAUUAAACUGUACAUAUGAGCUUACUGUUUUGCAUUCAUCCAUAGACAAUUAAUGUAAUUCAAAAUUAAUAGACAUAGUGCACUCGUGUGUGAACAUGAACAUUAAAUUCCUCUUCUU